AUGGGCGGGGACGAUGAGGCGCUGGUGGGGGCGAGGAGGCUCCUCCUUGGCAUCCUGGUCGUCAUGUCGGCCCUCGCAGUUGUCUUCAUGCUCGUGUCUGACGAUGGGUCGGGGACGAGGACGAACUUGCUAACCAGCAUGUUGUGUUGUGAAGGACAGGCUGAGAUCGACUAUACGGCCAAUGGACAUAGAGUCUCUCAACACAUGGAAUCCGCGCUCAAUGAGCUGAACAACAUCGAAGAUCAUGUGAAGAGCGGCAUGCCCAAGUUUCUCAAGGAGUCUGCAGCCCAGAGGGAAGCUGACCUCAUGAAUCAGAAGUUCACGCAGGACCUUCAGGGAGAUGCGAAGCCACGAGCAGAGCUUGCGGUCAAAGCUAAGCAUGACGCCAUUAAGAAGUUGGGUCAAAAUGACCUUGAGGAAGCAGCAAAGAUGGACACUUCCUUGAAGAAAGAUGCAAAGAACGACAAGAAGCUGUACAAAACGUCAAACGUUUAUGUGUCACGCGGGGUCGAAGAAGCUGAGAAGGAGGCAAAGAAAGCAGUGCAGUUCAAGAGCUCAGAAACCAAGAAGAAAUUGAUUGAAGAAACAUCCAAGAAACCCAAAGCCUCACCUGCAAAGGAAGCGCUGAAUUCGUACAACAAGAAGGUUGUUGCUACGGGACCUUCUGGUUCUUCUCCUGACCUAAACAAAGAAGAAACUGUAAUCACACACUUUGUUCCGAUCACGUCAGUUGGUCUUGAGCAGAAGGAGCAGAAAGUAGCCAAGCUUGACCAGUUGCCUCAUUCCAAGAAAUCAGACGUUGAUGAAGAGAUUGUCUACCGCUUGGCUGCAAAGGACAUGCAAUUCAGGGACGAGCAGAUGAAACGACAAGCACACAAAGCUGUUGCCACUGGAAAAGAAAAGGUUCUUGCAAACAAAGACAACGGAGAGCAAAAGAAAGUUGUAAAUCCUCCAGAAGGAGACGAGUCAAAGCCUGCAGUUCAAAAGCCACAUGUAGUUUCCCAGAAGAAAAAUGUCAAGAGUCCUCACACUGAAAAACGCUUGAGCGGCGUGCUGAAUAGGAUUGACAAUUUAAUUGGGGGAUACACAGGGGGGGCUAGCAGGCAUUCAAAAUUCUUUAGACACUUUGAUAGCGAAAGAGCAAAGCAAGCGGCACAAUUGAAGCUAUCAGCUUACGGUCCUGGACUGUUGCAUGGCAUCCGAGAGCUUCCGACUGACUAUGAUCGAAUGGUGCUGUGCUGA